AAGGUAAAAAUCUUCUGGUUAUUCAAAGAAUAAAUGGUGCCUUGAAGUAUUCUCUAAGAUAAGGAGAUUGUGGGUGAAUUAUAUUUCUCAAGAAUAAUAAAGUGCAUAACCAUUUUCCCAACUUAAUCGAAAGCAAAGCAUGUGAGGUUUUUUCCUUCUCUUCUUUUGGCAAUGGUUUCUUUGCCUAAACGGAGUAGGGUUUGAAAUGCCAUGGAACUCUCAGACCUCCCCCAAGAUUGCCUGUGCGAAAUCCUGGGCCGAACACCGCCCUCCACCAUCGGCUCUGCCGCGGCUACUUGCCGCCGCCUCGCUGCUGCCGCUCGCUGUGAAGCCACUUGGGCCAUCCUUCUCUUUCCUCUCUCCUCUCCCUUCCUCUCACUUCCUCUCUCCUGUCGUCUUCUCUCUCUUUCUCUCUCCAGUCCUCCUCUCAGUCUCCCCCUUGCCCCCACGAAGAGAGAGAUAGCUCAUCGCCUCACUCAUGGGGUACUGGUUGAUGGAGGUAAACAGUUGUAUAAGCUCUCCGGUCGAACAGGGGGCUUCAUGGCUGCUCUUUCUUCCUCUGCUAUGAAUAUAACAUGGGGUGGUGAUUCACGGUUUUGGCGAAGGGAGAGCUCUCGCAGCUCAUGGUUUGGCACGGUAUCAAGGCUAUUAGCAGUGUGCUGGUUCGAGGUCAGAGGAAACUGGACUCUAUGGCUGCCUCAUGGCUCCUACAGUUUAUUAUGGAGAAUCAAAGUGUUGAACCCUCAUGGGGGGCGCCUUCGCUUCCUUUCAUGGCACAAACCCAUCAACUUUUGGCUUUGCCUCAGAGAAGGCAGAGAAGAAAAUGAACUCAUCCUCAGAGAAAAGCUUGCCAUGGCUGAGCUAAGCCCCUCUUGCUAUGAGAGGUGGUUUGAGUUCAAGGUGGGUGAAUUCAUGGUGAAGAGUAGUGAUAAAAUGGUGAGGUUAGAGUUUGGGGUUGAGGAAUUGGACUGUUCCUUUUGGAAGGGAGGUUUAUUAUUGGAUUGUGUAGCUGUGAGGCCAUUGUUUUGUGAUGAUCAGAUUUGCAGUGAUCGGCCUGAAUGGGAUUUCAGCAAGGCAAGAGGAACACCUGGGGUUUUCUGAUUUGGGUUUUUCUCCGGGUUUUGCUCUCUUUCUGCUUGUUAGGGUCUCUCAUGGCUUUUCUGCUGGGUUAGAAAUUCUCGUGUCAUGGAUCAGAAGGUAACACUGUUCAUCCUGGUGGGAAAUUCAGAGCCGAACUUGGGGAAGAGCUCAACCAAAUCUGUAGCCUGCAAUUGCAACUCUUGGCCAUAUGCUGUGAUUAGCUAAGGGAUCUAGGGUUAUAUCCCCUCAAUUUUAUUGUAUUAUUUGUUCAAUUUAGACUGUUAUCGUAUGUGAUCUUAGGUAUAAAGUGGAGAAAAGCUUUGAUCUAA